GUUUCGCGACAGCUCGGACUCCGCCCCUCCGGCCACAUGUCGCGCCGCGCUUCCCGUCGGACGCCGCGCCACCUCCUCGCGCGGCCUCACCAGCCCAGCGCGGCGGCGCCCCGCCUCCGGCGCCCGGCCCCCGCCCCCUCCCGCUUUCGCGUCUCCCAGCCCGUCGCGCCCGCUAUCAUCACGUGAUUGCCUCAUCCGGGUCCUUUGCGUUCUCUCUCCCUCUCCCAACAUGGCGGCCUCAGCAAAGAAGAAGAAUAAGAAGGGGAAAACCAUCUCCCUGACAGACUUUCUGGCUGAGGAUGGUGGGUCUGGUGGAGGAAGCGCCUAUGUCUCCAAACCCGUCAGCUGGGCCGAUGAGACAGACGAUCUGGAAGGAGAUGUGUCCACAGCGUGGCACAGCAAUGACGACGAUGUGUACAGGGCACCGCCAAUUGACCGCUCCAUCCUUCCCACUGCCCCACGGGCUGCGCGGGAACCCAACAUCGACCGCAGCCGCCUCCCCAAGUCGCCACCCUACACUGCUUUCCUGGGGAACCUGCCCUAUGACGUGACCGAGGACUCCAUUAAGGAGUUCUUCAGAGGACUGAAUAUCAGCGCUGUGCGCUUACCACGUGAACCCAGCAACCCAGACAAGCUGAAAGGCUUCGGCUAUGCGGAGUUUGAGGACCUGGAUUCUCUCCUCAGUGCUCUGAGUCUCAAUGAAGAGUCUCUAGGUAACAGGAGAAUUCGAGUGGACGUUGCUGACCAAGCACAGGAUAAAGACAGGGAUGAUCGUUCUUUUGGUCGAGAUAGAAAUCGAGAUUCUGACAAAACAGACACAGACUGGAGGGCCCGCCCUGCCGCAGACAGCUUCGAUGACUACCCUCCUAGAAGAGGUGACGACAGCUUUGGAGACAAGUAUCGAGAUCGUUACGAUUCAGACCGGUACCGGGAUGGCUAUCGGGAUGGGUAUCGGGACGGCCCACGCCGAGACAUGGACCGCUAUGGGGGCCGGGAUCGCUAUGAUGACCGAGGCAGCAGAGACUAUGACCGAGGCUAUGACUCCAGGAUAGGCAGCGGCAGAAGAGCGUUCGGAAGCGGGUACCGUAGAGAUGAUGACUACAGAGGAGGUGGGGACCGCUAUGAAGACCGUUACGAGAGGCGGGAUGAUCGGUCUUGGAGUUCCAGAGAUGAUUACUCCCGGGACGAUUACCGGCGUGAUGACAGAGGUCCCCCCCAAAGACCCAAACUGAACCUAAAGCCUCGGAGUACUCCUAAGGAAGAUGAUUCCUCUGCUAGCACCUCCCAGUCCAGCCGAGCGGCUUCUAUCUUUGGAGGGGCCAAGCCUGUGGACACGGCAGCCAGAGAAAGAGAAGUGGAGGAGCGGCUGCAGAAGGAGCAGGAGAAGCUGCAGCGGCAGCUGGAGGAGCCCAAGCUGGACCGCAGGCCCCGGGAGAGACACCCAAGUUGGCGAAGCGAAGAAACUCAGGAAAGAGAACGAUCAAGGACAGGAAGUGAGUCAUCGCAAACCGGGACCUCAGCCACAUCCGGGAGAAAUACACGAAGGAGAGAGAGUGAGAAGUCUCUAGAAAAUGAAACCCUCAAUAAAGAAGAAGACUGUCACUCUCCAGCCUCUAAACCUCCUAAAUCCGAUCAGCCCCUAAAGGUAAUGCCAGCCCCUCCACCAAAGGAGAAUGCGUGGGUGAAGCGAAGCUCUAACCCUCCUGCCCGAUCUCAGAGCUCAGACACAGAGCAGCCGUCCCCUACAAGUUGUGGAGGGAAGGUAGCCCCAGCUCAGUCCUCUGAGGAAGGACCAUCAAGGAAAGAUGAAAAUAAAAUCGAUGGAAUGAGUGUCCCAAAAGGCCAAACUGGGAGCUCCAGCCGUGGCCCUGGGGACGGGCACAAAGAGCGCUGGGAGGAGUCGGAUAGGAAAGACGGCAAGAAAGAUCAAGACUCCAGAUCUGCUCCUGAGCCAAAGAAACCUGAGGAGACUCCAGCCUCCAAGUUCAGUUCUGCAAGCAAGUAUGCUGCUCUCUCUGUGGACGGUGAGGAUGAGGAUGAGGGGGACGGCCACACUGAGUAGAUGCCCACACCCUGUGCGUUCUCCUGGUCUCCACCCCGGAACAUUCGAGAGCACAUCAAACCUCUAUCCAGACAAGACAAAUAAACUCACCAUCUCCUGAAGACCUUUCUUAACUUUUUUUUUUAAAUGAAAUGAAAUUCUUUUGCAUGCUGCUGCAGCCUUUUAAAGCAUCGAAGUAACUGGAGAAUCACCAUGGUGGCCAGAGAUGUGGCCCCUGCUUGUGAAUGGGGAAGUUGCGUGUUCUGAUGAUACCAAGCAGUUACCUGUGCUGGCCAGUGCCUGGGGCUCCGUUCAGCAGAAAUGCAGUGACGGUGCGGCUUGUCACACCAGUGAGGCAGUGGAGAUAGUGCAAGGAGGAGUGAGAUUUCUACCUUUUAAUUCUUACCCUAUGGUGGCACCUAUGAAUCCCCAAACAGUACCUGAAUAAAUUUCCAUCCUUAGAAAGGUAGAUUUAGUCUCUCAAGUUGUUUUAGUCUCCAGGAGGCUGCCAGCCCUUGUACUUUAAUUCUGAGUGAACUGGGCCAGCCUGGGGGGAAAUGUUUUUAUUUUUUACCCCCUAAGGGGGUAGUUGGGAGUGAGUCUACAGGCCACUAACAAGUAGUACCGCUUGGGGACCAAAGUGAAUGGGAACUCAAUCGUGGUUGAAAAGCUUGGGGAGGUGAUCGGUAUUUUAGCCCAGGUCGUGAGGGGAGUGGUGUGACCUCCAGUGAACGCGUGGGUAGAAUGGGCAUUUCGUGGGUGAGGAAGCACUUGGGGGAGUGGGGAGUUCCAGCCCUGUGUGUCCUGGUUUUGCCCCUCUAAACACUGUCCUCUCUAAAGGCUCGAGCAUACCCACAUUCUUUCAAAACCUUGCCACUCUGGUUAUCUUGUGUUCUUGAUGGCAUUGUCAGCUUUCCAAGAGCAGCCUCUUAAGUCACACACCUGCUCCCACAGAAGGUUUAUCUUGGCCGCCAGAAGCUGUGGCCUGAGGAAUCACUGCUUUUCUAAAGCAAACCAGAUCUGUGGUGUCCUUGGUUCCUGCCCCUGUCUGCCUGCUCCUGCUGCUUUCUCCCCUUGGGGGUCAGGGUACUUAAUUGAUGGGCUGGGGGUGAAUAGAAGUGCAUAAAUGGGGUGAGUUGAGUUGGAGGUCUUCCACCUUGACUAGGCUGUUUUGUGGUUUCUAUAAGUUCCCUUCACUAGAACCCCAUGCCGGCGCUUGGGUUUAUAAUGUAUGUGACCUAGACUGUGGUUUUCUGCUUAGGAGAGUUGGCUUCUUGACUCCCCUCAAGAAUAAAGGAUAAUGCAAAGAAGUAUUGAACAGGGUCCUGAUUUCUCUUGCAGCACAGUCGCUUGGCCUGUCUGCUUUGAUGUGAGGGAUCAGCUCCAAAGAUGGCAAGCUUCCUGUGUGGGAAGUCAGGACCUGCAGACAAAUAAUACCUUGGUCUUAAUGUGAAGUCCUUGGCCUGCUGUGCAGGAGCAUUGGCGUGCUGCAGCAGUGGGUGUAGCAAAUCACUCAUGCGGUGGGUUUGAUUGCCGAGUAGCUUGAAGUGGGCUUUUACAGAUACCCACGGUUGAAUGAGUUUUUAAAAACCAUUGGUUGUAGACAAUGAAAAGGUAGUUUGCCCUCUUCUUGUCUAUUUCCCUUCCAGAUAGUUGCAUCCAAAAGAAAGCUGUUUUGUCCCACUCUCCUCCUUUGCUCCUCUGUUAAAAUUAAAACAGGGGUUGACUUAUGUCCCGCUCCUGAAUACAUGUAAAAUUUGUACAAAAAUAUCUUCUAUGAAAAUGAUUUGUAAUCUGUAGACAUUACUUGGGAGAUGUCUUGAGAUGUAAAAUCCCAUCCUUUGGGUUGAGGGUUUUUUGUUUUUCUCCAAAUAAAUCCAGUCUUUAAAGUUGAUAAA